GGAUGUGAAACUCGGAUGGGGGCCAGCCAGCGGCUGCGUGUCCCUAUCGGGCUCUUUCCUAACUGUGUGACUUCCUCCGGGAGGGUGUCGCAGAGGGAGACGCAGGUCGUGCAGAGCCAGCAGGCAGUGCCCUCAGCACACAGGGCUCCACAGCGCAGGAUCCCACACCCUGCUCCCCUGCUGGAGAGCUCCAAAAUGAGGCAGAGCUUUUGGGAGCAGUUCUGUCUGGCCCUCACUCUCCUACCUCUGUACCUGGGGUCUGCAGUGACCGGAGAUCCCUCCCACAGCUGCUAUGGGGCUCCAGGCCUGCCAGGCAUGCCGGGUGUGCCAGGCAGGGAUGGCCGAGAUGGGCUGAAGGGAGCCAAAGGAGAGCCAGGCAUCCCAGCCAUUCCUGCUACACGAGGCCCCAAGGGUAUGAAAGGGGAGCCAGGCAGUCCUGGCUUGCCAGGCAAGACGGGCCCCGCUGGUCCCCCUGGUCCCCCUGGAGACCCCGGGGAGAUGGGCAGUGCCGGAGAGCCAGGCAUGCCAGGCAGCUACAAGCAGAAGCACCAGUCGGCGUUUUCGGUGACGAGGCAGACAGCUGAGCACCCCUUAAAGAACAUCCCUGUGAUCUUCAACCACGUCAUCACCAACACCAACAACGACUACGACACCACCACCGGCAAGUUCACCUGCAAGCUCCCCGGCCUCUACUACUUCGUCUUCCACAGCUCACAGACGGCCAACCUCUGCGUCCUGCUGUUCAAGAACAUGAAAAAGAUGGCCAGCUUCUGCGACCACAAGACCAACACCAUGCAGGUCAGCUCAGGUGGCAUCCUCCUCCACCUGCAGGCUGGGAACGAGGUCUGGCUGGAGGUGAACUGACUACAAUGGCAUGGUGGGCAUCGGUGGCUCCGACAGCAUCUUCUCGGGGUUCCUGCUCUUCCCAGACUAGAGGAGCACCGGAGCUCAGCCCAGCACACCAAGCCCUUUGCCCUGCCCUGCAAAUUCUGUUGCUCGCUGCCAGGCCUGUUGCUCAUGCCCCAGGUUUCUCUGCUGGGUGGGAAGCCCCAGCAAAAGAGUCCACCCCAGCCAUAAUCCCCUGGCUUGGGGUUUGCGUGCAGUCCCUGAGCAAGGGGGCCGGGCACAUCCAGCUGGAUCUGUGCCUGCAGUGACAGCACCAAGCCCCUGGAGUCCUGCUGGCACUGCCUCGUGCAGCAAAACAUCUCCACCUCGCACACACUGCCCUGAUAAUACCCCGUUACCUUGUGCUGCUGGAGCCAGGGCUCAAGGGUCUUUCUGUGUCUCUCCCCUUCCCACACUGGAUGCACCAGGGACAGUCAGGGGUCCUGGAGCAGGCUGGAAGCAACAGCUUUGCCAUGAGCUGGCUGUGGAAAGUGUCAAUAAAUCCUUCCCCAGUA